AAGAAAAUGUCAAUAAAAUAAUGGCUGACAAAGUUGUUUAUACUGCGGUUUGUGGGCUAAAAACUUGAACAUUAUUGCAAUAUCAAAUAAAACUAUCAGAAUUUCGUUCACAAACAAUUCUCUAUGAAUAAAUUAUAUAUAUCGACGUGUUUAAAACGCGGCUUCUAUUGUAAAUCUAGUCGUAAAACUUAAAAAAUGUUGGCCUUGUUGAUGUUAAAUAGAAUGAGCAUGAAGCGACGUAGUUUACGUGCUAAAGAGACUGCAUUUAAAGCCGAAAAGAAGCCGGACACGCAGUCCAUGUACUGCCGGACCUGCCUGAGCGCUGAGGAGCUCGUGGCUAUUUUCUACAGCCCUGGAAUAGAGAAGAAACGUACUGAGGAAUUGAGACUCGUCACAGGUUUAGAGAUAAUGCAAGAUGAUGGCCUCUCACAAAAGAUGUGCACAAGCUGUAUAGAGAAAAUGAACAAUGCGUUACAAUUCCGAAAACAGAGCAGGAAGGCUGAGAAGUCCCUCCUUAACAUGUCCCUAGGUCUCAAACCGAAGAAAAAAUCUAUAUCAAAAGCAACGCGGAAAACUGUGAAAAUAAAAAGCCCAAAAGUACAAAAGAUCAAGCAAAAAAUCGAAAAAGAGGAAUUAGACUUUGAUUGUUCAUAUGAUGGUUUUCAGAAUGAUGACGAUUAUCCGGAGGUUCCACUGGUGGACUACCCGGAGGUGGAGGAGAAACCUAAAAUAAAGCAGCUAUUAAAAAAGCCAGCCGUUCGUAAACGAGUGUCCAUCCCAAACGCGGCGUCCUACAAGUGUCCUACUUGCGCCAAGGAGUUCCGUAUGAAAGCCACGUAUAAGGCACAUAUGAGAUUCCACACCAACUACUGUGUGUGUGAGGUAAGCACUAGCAUAUGUAAACGAGUAUCUAUCCCCAACGCGGCGGCCUACAAGUGUCCUACUUGCGCCAAGGAGUUCCGUAUGAAAGCUACGUAUAAGACACACAUGAGAUUCCACACCAACUACUGUGUGUGUGAGGCGUGUGGCAAACGGUGUCGCAACAACAACCAGUUGCAGGAACACAAGCGCGCCCGGCACGGGCUCGGGCGGAUACACAAGUGCGCCUACUGCGAGUACAGCUCCGCCACCAAGGAGGCGCUCACGAUCCACGAGCGGCGGCACACGGGGGAGCGCCCAUACAUCUGCGACCACUGCGGGGCCUCCUUCCACCGCCGCUCCAACCUGGUCCAGCACAUCGCCAUACACCUGCCUGAAAAGAACUUCCAGUGUACGCUGUGCAUGAAGCGCGAGAAGUCGAAGAAGCUGCUGCAAGUGCACGUGUUCAAAGCACAUCGGGAGAAGAGAUACAGGUACAUCUGCCCGGUGUGCCGCGACACGUUCACGCGGCCCGGCAACGUGCGCCAGCACCUCGCGCGCUCGCACGGCGUGCCGCGCGCCGACCAGCCGCCCAUCGACCGCUUCCAGGUACACAGCAACGUUGCAGAGGAAAUACCACAGCGGGUGCUCACCUAUUUAUAGAUCUACUGAAAUUAUUUGUUAAUCUAUGUUAAAAUAUAUUUGUGAAGUAUCUUUUGUAAAUAUGAAAAGGUACCCUUUGGAUUAUUAAUGUAUCUUUUCAUUUGCACUGACACUAUUUAAUUUUAUAAUACAGCGUAGCCACUGAAAGCGGGGUACACGUUGUAUAGGUCAUAUUAAGCAACUUUUACUGAAAACAAUCCCGAAUACGCGAUAAAAAAUUGACUCUCCCAAUACAAGAUAUCAACAUUAACCAUCCAAAAUGUACGAGUCAUUUUUUGCGAUUUCGCGGUUCAUUCCAUAGUAAAAGUUGCUCAGUAUGACCAAUACAACGUGUCCCACCCCACUUUCAGUGGCUGGUGUAACAUGUUGUGAACCCACGGACUUACACCGGGAUACAAAAACUUUUCAGUACUCUAUGUUGAAUAUACCUAAAAAUUAAAAAUGUUGCUUGGGUGUACGUUCGUGAAAAUAUCUGAUCUCAAGAAUAUAGGGUUUAUUUCAAUACAUUAAGAUUUCAUGUGAAAGAAUCACAGAAAAAAAACAAAACCUGUGUAACUAACA